AUAAAGUAUUGAAGGUUGCCCGUAAAACUUUGAUAAAAUGUAUUCAGUUGCUUAAGUAAAUAAUGGAAGAUACGGAGGGUGACUAGAAUUCCUGUGAGUUCUCAUACAACAUUAAAUAAACAGUUUAUGGAAAGUGUGGGCAGCAAGAAGCUGAAGGAUUCUGUGUUAUAGCAUCGGUAAUGUUGAGGAUUCUGCAAGUUUGAUUGGAAGUAGGGAGAAUCAGUUGGAUACGCAUUAAGUAACGUAUAACAAGAUAGAGGUGUCAGCGAAUGCAGCAUUUAUUGAGAUAUUUCAAUGAGAUAUUAUAUUUGUGAAGUGGCAUAGUUGUGAUAUGGCUCAAAAUCGUUCAGAUGGCUCAGAUGCAUUCACUCUUUGUGAUUUAUCAUAUCCAAUAAAACUAUUUUCCCAUACUAUUAUUCUUCUUCCUUCACUUUUCUGUUCAUUAUCUCUCUUUUGAACCUCACUUUACCGUCUUCUCGUGCUUUGUGUGGUACAUGGAGAGUGAGAACUCGAACUGCUGCACAUCUGUGCAAAGCAGUUAGUCAGGCAUAGUUGUGUGAGUAGAAUGUGGCGAGUGUGACGAGCCAUCUAACGACUUCAUGGUGAUGAAAGGUAGAUAAAGCAGCUAAGUUUCUUCUCCAAAUUGGCAUGUUGCAACUUACUUGGGGGGAAAACAUUAGGAUCUCUGAAUGAUCAGUCCUACACACAAAAUGUUGAUAUGCUAAAACUGACUUGCAUAUCUGCAUCUCGUUGCCUACUCUAAUACUUUCUCACUAUGUUGCUUCUAUCACUAUUGAUUGCUGAUGUUUCCGGCCAUAAUUCCUUAGCUCACUCUGAUUACUUAAAUUGUGUUUGCACUGUCUAUCUAUUGAUUAAAGCUUCAAUUGGAUAUCAUCUAUAUUGGAUCUGUCAUUUUUAGUACUUUGCUCACUAUAGCUUUUGUACUGUCUGUUGUGUCACCUUAAAUGGAAGUGUAUGAAUAUAUGUUUGUGAUUAUUGAAUAUGAAACCGCUUCUUAGGAAAACAAGACAAACUUUAGACAACUUAGGUGAAAUUGAAUAGUCCUACCUGCAGAGUAAACGUUGACUGCUUGAGCUGCUGGUCAGUAGUUGAGGUAUUAUGACGGUAAGUUUUUCUCUAUCAAAACCCAAUCUUCCAAAUCGCUGGAUUAUUAAGUGAUAAUUCAUUGCAGAAUAUCCCGCACAAACCGUUGUUUUUGCUUUUUUUCAAAUGGGAUGUAAUGACCGAAGUUUGUUCAGUUUGGUUACAGUACUUCAUCUGGUUCAGAAAGUAGUGAUGCGAUAUUAUUAAGUUGAAAAUGGAUAUUAUUGACUUUUAAUACUAUCUUUCGGCCGUUUUAAUAGAUAUAUAUCUUCCUAAAUAAGUCCUAUGCUUUCCUUUCUCAACUCUGUAAUCACUUUUCAAUGUCUGUUUAGUCUUUUUUGGUCGUUUUCAAUAUUUUAGUAUUUUAUACUCAUAUCAUGGUAGUUUGGAAUCAUUUACGGUAUUGUAAGUGCCAAAGGGAAGUAUCUUAGUGGUUACAAAUGACGUGUCUGCUUAUUGAGAUACCUCAAGUUCGUUUUCCAUUAUAGCUGCCUUGAAUGGAUCUUGUGAAGGCAGAAAUUGCAAGGCAACGCGAAAAACUCGCGAGUAGUGGACUUGUGGGUAACAACAAGUUCUUCAAACGAUCAUUAUUGAAACAAAAAGAGGAAGAAGAGUAUUUAAGUAAAUCCAAGCGUAAUAAGGAACAAGCAAACAACUAUGAAGAUUAUGAUUAUAAAACAAAGGUACUAAUGUUUUCCUGAAUAGAUAAUAGAUGUUAUAGACAGAAGAGGAGGAUCUUUUGCUGAAAAAGUUCGAAGAAAGAAACCGAGAGGAGAGGGAGAAAGGAAAACUUAUGCCGCGCAAAGAAGUUAUUCGCCUUCUAAGGGAACGUAAUCAACCGAUACGAUUAUUUGGUGAGAGUGACUAUGAUACUUUUCAACGAUUAAAAAGAGUUCAACUUCUGGAACCGGAGUCAAAGGGAUUACGGAAUGAUCUUAUCGCGGCGUUAGACAAGAUAGAUGAUGCAGAAAAUGAAGAGUUUUACAAAUCUGGUCGUAAAGGACCGGAUUCAGAAUCUCAAUCCACCGAAAGUUCGUCAGUUUCUUCUGCUUUGGACGUUGAGACAAAAAAGAAUACUCUGACAGAAGAGGAACUAGAAAAGAUGAAAGUUGAUUUGGCCCGCUACGUCACACUAAAAGAAGGCACGGCUACUGAUGACGCAACAACUGCAGUGGUCGCUAUCAGCAAACUUUCACCAAAUAAUGUGUGUACCAAUGAUUUUGACGAAGCUUUUCAUGAACAAGUAAUCGACCAUGUCCUCCGUUAUUUGAAGUUUCUUCUGUCCAAAUGGGGUCAUGCUCUAAACACUAGAACCAAAGAGGAAAAGCUUUCUUAUUCCGGAAAAAUGGCUAGUGCAACUUACACACAGACUGUAGAAUAUAUCAAACCACUUCUUCGUGCACUUCAAAACAAUCGCUGUAAAGGGGAUAUUCUGAACUCCUUGGUUAAAAUUAUGGUUUUGAUGAUGGAUCGAAAUUAUCUAAAGGCUAAUGAUGCGUAUUUAGAACUAGCUAUCGGCAAUGCUCCUUGGCCAUUGGGUGUAACUAACCACGGUAUCCAUUCAAGAACUGCACAAGAAAAAAUCUAUGCCAAGAACGUGGCACAUGUUUUAAAUGAUGAAACACAACGUAAAUAUAUCCAGGCUAUAAAAAGACUAAUGACACAGUGUCAGAAGUUCUUUCCAUCUGAUCCGUCGAAAUCUGUCAACUAUAUGGGCACUGUUGGGUAGGGUAUGGUUCAUCUUGAAUUUAAUCCUUUUCCAUGUGUGACGAUUAUGUACAUAAUUUUCUUUUAGUUUGCUUUACUUACAAAAGACUUAUCUGUGGUGUGUAAAUAUUUCUGAAAUAAAUUUCUUAAAAUCCUUAUUGUUUUUAAUUAUACA